CGCUUACCCCACCCCUCCCCUCCUCGGCCCGGGCCCCGGCCCCCAUCCCGCGGGGCCCAGCCCCAGCCUCUGCCCCCGCCGUGCCCGUCCCGUGCGGGCCCGUGCCGCCCCUCAGCCGGCGACGCUCGGGGCCACCCGCCCGCCACCAUGGAGCUGGAGGACGGUGUGGUGUACCAGGAGGAGCCCGGCGGCUCCGGGGCCGUGAUGUCAGAGCGGGUGUCCGGCCUGGCCGGCUCCAUCUACCGCGAGUUCGAGCGGCUCAUCGGGCGCUACGACGAGGAGGUGGUCAAGGAGCUGAUGCCACUGGUGGUGGCCGUGCUGGAGAACCUGGACUCGGUGUUCGCGCAGGACCAGGAGCACCAGGUGGAGCUGGAGCUGCUGCGGGACGACAACGAGCAGCUCAUCACCCAGUACGAGCGGGAGAAGGCGCUGCGCAAGCACGCCGAGGAGAAAUUCAUUGAAUUUGAAGACUCUCAAGAACAGGAAAAAAAGGAUUUACAGACCCGAGUGGAAUCUCUAGAAUCUCAAACAAGACAACUUGAGCUUAAAGCAAAAAACUAUGCUGACCAGAUUAGCCGACUUGAAGAAAGAGAAGCAGAACUGAAGAAGGAGUAUAAUGCCCUCCAUCAGAGGCACACUGAGAUGAUCCAUAAUUAUAUGGAGCACUUAGAAAGAACCAAACUUCAUCAGCUCUCAGGGAGUGAUCAACUAGAGGCUACAGCUCAUAGUAGAAUUAGAAAAGAACGUCCUAUAUCAUUAGGAAUUUUCCCACUACCUGCUGGAGAUGGAUUGCUUACACCUGAUGCUCAGAAAGGAGGCGAGACUCCAGGAUCAGAGCAAUGGAAAUUUCAGGAAUUAAGUCAGCCACGUUCUCAUACCAGCCUGAAGGUCAGCCAUAGUCCUGAACCUCUGAAGGCUAUAGAACAGGAGGAUGAACUUUCUGAUAUUAGUCAAGGUGGAUCUAAAGCUACCACUCCAGCUUCCACAGCAAAUUCAGAUGUGUCAGCAAUUCCUCCUGAUACUCCCUCAAAGGAAGAUAAUGAAGGACUUGUAAAAGGCACAGAUACACCAAAUAAAUCAGAGAUAAGCAAACAUAUAGAAGUACAGGUUGCCCAAGAGACUAGGAAUGUAUCUACAGACUCUGCUGAAAAUGAUGAGAAAUCAGAAGUUCAAGCAAUCAUUGAAUCCACUCCUGAAUUGGAUAUGGACAAAGACCUCAGUGGAUAUAAAGGUUCAAGCACUCCCACCAAAGGCAUAGAGAACAAAGCUUUUGAUCGAAAUACAGAGUCUCUCUUUGAAGAACUGUCUUCAGCUGGCUCAGGCCUCAUUGGAGAUGUGGAUGAAGGAGCAGAUUUACUAGGGGAAUAUUCUGGAAUGGGUCGUGAAGUGGAGAAUCUCAUACUAGAGAACACACAGCUGCUGGAAACCAAAAAUGCUUUGAAUGUAGUGAAGAAUGAUUUAAUAGCAAAGGUGGAUGAGCUGACCUGUGAGAAAGAUGUGCUGCAGGGAGAACUGGAGGCUGUGAAACAGGCCAAGCUGAAACUAGAGGAGAAGAACAAAGAGCUGGAGGAGGAGCUCAGGAAAGCUCGUGCAGAAGCUGAAGAUGCAAGGCAAAAAGCAAAAGAUGAUGAUGAUAGUGACAUUCCCACAGCCCAGAGGAAGCGGUUUACUAGAGUGGAAAUGGCCCGAGUUCUCAUGGAGAGAAACCAGUACAAAGAGAGACUGAUGGAGCUUCAAGAAGCUGUUCGAUGGACAGAGAUGAUCCGGGCAUCACGAGAAAAUCCAGCCAUGCAAGAAAAAAAGAGGUCAAGCAUCUGGCAGUUUUUCAGCCGCCUUUUUAGCUCUUCAAGCAAUGCAACAAAGAAGCCUGAACCCCCUGUGAAUCUGAAGUACAAUGCACCCACUUCUCACGUGACUCCCUCCGUAAAGAAAAGGAGCAGUACCUUGUCUCAACUCCCUGGUGAUAAGUCCAAGGCAUUUGAUUUCCUUAGUGAGGAAACUGAGGCUAGUUUAGCUUCCCGAAGAGAGCAAAAAAGAGAGCAAUAUCGGCAGGUAAAGGCACAUGUUCAGAAGGAAGAUGGUCGUGUGCAAGCUUUCGGCUGGAGUCUGCCUCAAAAGUACAAACAGGUGCCCAAUGGUCAAGGGGAAAAUAAGAUGAAAAAUCUACCCGUCCCUGUCUAUCUCAGACCACUAGACGAGAAAGAUGCAUCUAUGAAGCUGUGGUGUGCUGUAGGCGUCAAUUUAUCUGGUGGCAAGACGAGAGACGGUGGUUCUGUUGUUGGGGCAAGUGUAUUUUACAAGGAUGUUGCUGGUCUGGACACUGAAGGCAGUAAACAGCGAAGUGCAUCUCAGAGUAGUUUAGAUAAGUUGGAUCAAGAACUCAAGGAACAGCAGAAAGAAUUAAAAAAUCAAGAAGAGUUGUCCAGUCAAGUCUGGAUCUGUACCAGCACUCAUACAGCUACAAAGGUUAUCAUCAUUGAUGCUGUUCAGCCUGGCAACAUCCUAGAUAGUUUUACUGUUUGCAAUUCUCACAUUCUGUGCAUUGCAAGUGUCCCAGGAGCUCGUGAAACAGACUACCCUGCAGGAGAAGAACUUUCUGAAUCUGGUCAGGUAGACAAAGCAUCGUUGUGUGGAAGUAUGACAAGCAACAGCUCUGCAGAGAUGGACAGCCUGCUGGGAGGCAUCACAGUGGUUGGGUGCUCCACAGAAGGAGUGACAGGAACUGCCACUUCCCCCAGUACCAACAGUGCUUCUCCGGUGAUAGAAAAGCCUCCAGAAAUGGAAACCGAAAACAGUGAGGUUGAUGAAAAUGUUCCAACAGCAGAAGAAGCAACUGAAGCCACAGAGGGCAAUGCAGGGUCCACUGAAGAUGCUGUGGACAUCUCCCAACCUGGUGUGUACACAGAACAUGUGUUUACAGAUCCUCUGGGAGUUCAGAUCCCAGAAGACCUCUCCCCAGUGUUUCAAUCAAGUAAUGAAUCAGAUGUGUACAAAGAUCAAAUAUCAGUAUUGCCAAAUGAGCAAGACCUGGUAAGAGAAGAAGCUCAGAAAAUGAGUAGUCUUUUACCAACCAUGUGGCUUGGAGCUCAAAAUGGCUGUUUGUAUGUCCAUUCAUCUGUAGCCCAGUGGAGGAAAUGUCUCCAUUCCAUUAAGCUGAAAGACUCAAUUCUGAGUAUUGUACACGUGAAAGGAAUUGUCCUAGUGGCCCUGGCUGAUGGCACUCUUGCAAUCUUCCACAGAGGAGUUGAUGGACAGUGGGACCUGUCAAACUAUCACCUUUUAGACCUUGGACGUCCUCACCAUUCCAUACGAUGCAUGACUGUGGUACAUGACAAAGUCUGGUGUGGCUAUAGGAACAAAAUCUAUGUGGUUCAGCCAAAGGCUAUGAAGAUAGAGAAAUCAUUUGAUGCACACCCCAGGAAGGAGAGCCAAGUUCGGCAGCUUGCAUGGGUGGGUGAUGGUGUGUGGGUCUCCAUUCGUUUGGAUUCCACGCUCCGUCUCUAUCAUGCACACACAUAUCAACAUCUCCAGGAUGUGGACAUUGAACCUUAUGUAAGCAAAAUGUUAGGUACUGGAAAACUGGGCUUCUCUUUUGUGAGGAUAACAGCUCUUAUGGUGUCUUGCAAUCGUUUGUGGGUGGGGACAGGAAAUGGUGUCAUUAUCUCCAUCCCAUUGACAGAAACCGUAAUCCUCCACCAGGGACGUUUACUGGGGCUGAGGGCAAAUAAAACCUCAGGGGCUCCAGGUAAUCGUCCUGGAAGUGUAAUCCGUGUAUAUGGUGAUGAAAACAGUGAUAAAGUGACUCCAGGGACAUUUAUACCCUACUGUUCAAUGGCACAUGCACAGCUUUGUUUCCACGGACAUCGGGAUGCUGUGAAAUUCUUUGUGGCAGUCCCAGGUCAGGUCAUUAGCCCACAAAGUGGUAGUGGUGGAGCAGAUCUAAUAGCAGACAAAGCAGGGUCAUCUGCACAGGAGCCCAGCAGCCAGCCACCCUUGAAGUCUAUGCUUGUCAUCAGUGGGGGAGAAGGCUACAUUGACUUCCGGAUGGGUGAUGAAGGUGGAGAAUCUGAACUUCUUGGAGAGGAUCUUCCACUGGAACCUUCCGUCACCAAAGCAGAAAGGAGUCACCUGAUAGUGUGGCAAGUGAUGUGCGGCAAUGAAUGAGUCCAUAAGAGACAGGUGGAGAUGAGGAAGCUGCCUCUUCUGCAUGUUUUAUUUCCCUUCCCCCUUAUUUAAUGCUUUUUUUUUUUUUUUUGUGAAAGAUGUUUCACUGCAUAAUAUGUGAGCAUUUUUUUUCCAGUUACCUUUAUAUUACAAAAUCUGUCUGUCCUAUGGUAACAAUACAGAGGAAGAGCAAGCUAGUUUACUGCACAGUGUUAAUAGGCAAUUUCAGUAUAUCAUGAACAAAUCAAAGAAUGUUUACUUUCUGCAAACUGGUGAAUUACAGAAAGCAAUCCAGAUGUGGUUUUCUCUGCCACAGUAAUGUCACUCACGUAAUUGAUAAGGUCACUUUUUAGCUAUCACUAAUAAUGGAACUAAUGGAAAAGACUUAAUAAAUGAAACUGUACCAUGAAGUACAAUAGUUUUCCCAAUGUAUUAUAGAACUGACACACUAAUAACAGAUGGAUUAUCAAGAUUUAUAAAACUGUCCCAAGAGGGCUAAAAGCUAACUGUAAAUUCCUUUAACUUUCACUUUCAAUUCUGACAAAUCUUGUUUAUAUGGUAUAUAAAACUUUGUUUUCAUCAGAUUUGGGGGGUUUUAUAUUAAAGAAAUUAAGGCUACACUAUUUAAAUAAAAAUUUUUGUUCCUAUCUCA